UUGUACCUCGGUCGAUUCGUACCUCAUAAUGAGAUAAAGGUGACGGAGUCAGUCAAGGUUUGCCGAAUGGUGACGGAAACGGCCGAUGUUUGAUGAAUGGUGUUGGAAUAGAUAACAGACAAGUGUCACUCAUCGGAAUGAGGUCGCUUACUACACAAGUUUAUUCUGUAGGAGGAAAACUAUUAAAAGAAUGCCGGCUUAACGACAGACAUUUAACUGUACUGAAUGUAUUACUUCGUUAUAACUCAGAUAAAGGUGAAGGGACUGCCAGAACCAAGAAAGGUUCUACAGAAUCCCCUACAACGAAGGAUGAACCAAACCAGAUGAAAAAAUACAGAAAAAUUCUUGGUGGCGGAUUCUUAGUAGGCGGAGGAGCGGCGAUCGGCGCACCUGCCUUGUUGCAUACAGCGGGGUUCAAGAGUACAGGAGUGGCUGCAGGAUCUUUGGGGGCGUGGUUAAUGUCCGUAGGAGCCACGGGGCUGAGCGGAGGAGCGCUGUUAACUAUAGGAUCAAUAGCGGGCGGAUCUUAUGUUGUGAUGAAAAUUUAUAAAACAACGAAAAAACCAUAA